AUGUCGGGUGCCGAAGCAAGUCUAGCCCUCGGCCUAAUAUCGUCCGUCAUUGCAAUCAUUCAAGCUACUCAGCAAGUCUAUGAGGCUAUCGACGAUGCAACGGGCCUCCCCGCAAAUUUUAAGAAGUCAGCGUUAAAGCUGCCUCUCAUCUCGAAGCUCCUCGAAGACGCCGAACAGUAUGUCAACGCCGUGGUAGAUGAGGCUAGCCAGGCUGCUUUCAAGCCUAUCCUUAGAAACUGUGAACUUCAGGCAACACACCUACAGGAGUUAUUUACAAAAGUUAUGCCGGAGGAAGAUGACUCGAGGUGGGAUCGAUAUGUGAAAGCUGCGCGGACAAUCGGAAAGGGCGGUCGGGUAGAGGACUUAGUAAGGGGAAUUCUAGAUGGCUUGCAACUUAUGACAAUGACGUUUCCCGAAGUGACGACACCGAGAUACAAAGAGCAACUAGCAAAGGCUGUCGAGGAAGUGUCUAAGAUGGAUUCUUCAUUGCCUGACGGCUUUGAACAAAUGCCUGCCUACGCACACUAUGGCAGUGGCGCCCAAAACAACAACACCGGCAGUGGUACCCUAAACACUAACUCUGGCCGUGGUGAUGUCAUAAAUCAGAUCAAAACGGCCAUAGCUUUUAAGAAAGGCAGUCAACUUCAAAGGCGGUUCGUUAUCACCGGAAUGGGCGGCAUAGGGAAAAGUGAAAUCUGCCUAAAAGUUGCGGACGAGAUGCGAGAUGCCUUUUGGGGUAUCUUUUGGGUCGACGUGAGCAGCGAAUCUACAGCAAAUGAUGGUUUUAUAAAGAUUGCAAACGAGCUUAAGUCAGCUGCGGAAACUAUCGAUGACGUACGACGACUACUUUCCAACGAGGAACGUGACUGGCUUCUUAUACUGGAUAAUGCCGACGACCCUCACAUUGACUAUAGCGAUUACUUUCCAUCCGGAGCCCGAGGCGCCAUCCUCCUGACAUCACGGAACGACGAAUGUGAUCAGCUAAACACCGUUGGAGCUAAAUCACUUGGAAACUUAGGGCCUGCUGAUUGCCUGAGUCUAUUUCGCCAGGCAGCGAAAGUCAAACUGGCAGUCGAAUAUGAACAGGAUAUACAGCGUAUUAUCACCAUACUUGACUCUCACACGCUUGCGCUGGUACAAGCCGGGGCGUAUAUUGCUCAGGGAUUCUGCUCUGUCAAGGCGUAUCCUGCAGAGUAUGAACGGCAAUCAAAACGCCUAUUGUCUUUUGGCUCAAGGCAAUUACGGCCGAGGUACCGCCAUGUCUACGCAACUUUUGAAGUAUCAGCACAGUUUCUAGAGUCAUCGAACAAAGAAGAUAGCGAGGACGCACUGAGUUUGCUUCAGCUUCUAGCUAUACUACAUUACCAUAACGUUCCGUUAAAGUUAUUUGAGGACGCAUGGAGUGGUGCGCAAGCCGCUAGAAAAACAUCAGAUAAGGGUAUUGACAGCCUCUCCGAGUGGCAUGUCUCCCAGCUGCCUCAGUUUAUCCAAUGGCGUGAAAGCCCAUGGGACUCAUUUCGACUACAUAGUGCUAAAAACGUACUCCAAUCACUUGCAUUAAUUCAGGAUGGAGAGAAGCAAGGUAUGCGAACAAUCUCAUUGCACCCGCUUGUGCAUACGUGGGCCUAUAUACGGCAGACGGAAGACCAAUGCCGCAAGUCAUGGAAAUCUACUGGGUGUAUGCUCGCACUAUCUUACUAUAAGAAUAGCGAAUGGCAACCAUAUAGGCUAUCUUUACAGCUGCACUUACAGUCGUUCCUGCAAAAGGAGAAGAAAACAUAUCUACCUUCUCUGACAACCGGGGAUUCUCAAAUGUUCUUCCAAUGCUGUGAACUGAUGCAUGAUUUGCGGAUGGACCGUUUAGCUGAGGGAACACUAAACGAACUGUUUCGAAAACUGAACCUUGACCGUAAUGAACCACAGGAAGAAUUUCUAUCACUCUACAAGUUAGCGGGGAAUAUUCUAUACUACGUGGGCAAAAUCAAAGAAGCCGUGCGACUCCUCGAGCACGUUGUCAAAGUGCGGGAGACAACGCUGGCUGAAGAUCAUCCACAUCGACUGACAUCACAGCACGAACUUGCUAGUGUCUACCAGGCAGAUGGACAGAUCAAAGAAGCCGUGCGACUCCUCGAGCACGUUGUCAAAGUGCGGGAGACAACGCUGGCUGAAGAUCAUCCAGAUCGACUGGCAUCACAGCACGCGCUUGCUAUAGCCUACCAGGCAGAUGGACAGAUCAAAGAAGCCGUGCAACUCCUCAAGCACGUUGUCAAAGUGCGAGAGACAACGCUGGCUGAAGAUCAUCCACAUCGACUGACAUCACAGCACGAACUUGCUAGUGUCUACCAGGCAGAUGGACAGAUCAAAGAAGCCGUGCGACUCCUCGAGCACGUUGUCAAAGUGCAGGAGACAACGCUGGUCGAAGAUCAUCCCAGUCGACUGGCAUCACAGCACGUACUUGCUACGGCCUACCAGGCAGAUGGACAGAUCAAAGAAGCCGUGCGACUCCUCGAGCACGUUGUCAAAGUGGAGGAGACAACGCUAGCUGAAGAUCAUCCAGAUCGACUGGCAUCACAGCACGCGCUUGCUAUAGCCUACCAGGCAGAUGGACAGAUCAAAGAAGCCGUGCAACUUCUCGAGCAUGUCGUCAAAGUAGAGACAACGCUAGCCGAAGACCAUCCAGAUCGGCUAGCAUCUCGAGAUAAUCUUGCUCAUAUUUAUCAAACCCACAAACAGCUAAGUAAGGAUCUAAUGCUUAAUACCAUCGAGACUUGCAUACGCUAA